AUGUAUUUUUAUUUGAUAAUUUUAUUUUAAUUACUUAAAUAAAGUACAAUUUUUAAAAUUAUUUACGAUUAAAAUCUUCUUUAUCUUUAAAUAAUCAAAAAAUUUGUUAUUAAUAAGUAGAAAAGCUUAGGAUAUAUGUUAAGGAUAGCACUUUUAAUAAUAACAAUAGGGUAAGUACUUUCCGAUUCAUGUGUCUAUGAUGUAGCUAACUUCAUUGACAUUUAUCAAAUACUUAAGACAAAAUAAAUGAUUGGUUUAUCUUAAUAUUCAAAUAACCAAUCCUAAACAGUUAUGAGAAUACUUUAAAAUCCAAAUCAAAACCCACAAACACCUCCUCCAAAUCUAUAUGAUAAUUAUAGAGUCAGCAAUUUAUUUGUUCCUCUUCAAGUAAUAGACAUGACUUCUUUACUAACAAGUAAUCCUUAGUCUUUAUUUACAAUCGAUUUGAUCAAAAAUUGGGAGAAAAAUUUUGGAAAAAUACCAUCUGAUUCAAUUAUUUUUGUUCGUACUAACUAAAAUACCAAAGUCUUUAAUGGAUGGGAAACCGAUGCCUUAGACUUCAUGUUUAAUAGUAGAAAUGUAAUUGGUAUUGGGCACGAUUAAUAGUUAGAUAAUAUUCCUGAAAAUCAAUUGCAAUACUUUUAUAAUAAAUUAUAUAUCUCCAAUGCAGCUUCUUUGACAUAAAAUAAUGAGUAUUCAAACCUUGUUUAAAUUAGAAAACUAAGUGUAACUAAGGAUGGCUGGUUCGUAGAUAUUUAAUCAAUAAUACCUUAAAAUGUGUGUUCUACUCCAAAAAGACUUGUAAACCAGUGGUGGUCUGUAAUUAUCAUUUUAGUUAUUCUCCUACUGAUUAUUUACUUGAUCUACUACUGUUGUCUCAAAAGAUUUGAUAAAUAUAACAAAGAAGAUUUCAAGCCUUUAGAUUGGGAAAAAAGAAACUAAGAUGGCAUCUAUUUUAAUUAAGAAGAACUUCAUGUUCCUUUAUAAGAAAUGCAUGAAAGCUAGUAAUAAUAACAAAAGCAAUAAUGA